AUGCCGCCGCGCACGGCUCCGGCGGCCCCGACCCCGCCGCGGAAGGUGCCCCUCCGGAAGCUGCUGCGUGCGGCGUCGGUCGCCGGCGGGGUGCAGUUCGGCUGGGCGCUGCAGCUGUCGCUGCUGACCCCGUACGUGCAGGAGCUGGGCAUCCCGCACGCCUUCGCCAGCCUCGUCUGGCUGUGCGGCCCGCUGUCGGGCCUCCUCGUCCAGCCCCUCGUCGGCCACCUCUCCGACCGCAUCGCCCCCACCGCCUCGCCGCUCGGGCGCCGCAGGCCCUUCAUCGCCGCCGGCGCCGCGUCCAUCGCCGCAGCCGUGCUCACCGUCGGCUUCUCCGCCGACCUCGGCCGACUCUUCGGCGACGACGUCACCCCGGGCUCAACGCGCCUCGGCGCCAUCUGCGUCUACCUCGUCGGAUUCUGGCUGCUCGACCUCGGCAACAACGCCACGCAGGGGCCCUGCAGGGCGUUCCUCGCCGACCUCACAGAGAACGACCCAAGGAGGACUCGGAUCGCUAAUGCAUACUUUUCACUCUUCAUGGCCCUGGGAAACAUACUUGGAUAUGCCACUGGAGCAUACAGUGGAUGGUAUUCGAUAUUUCCUUUCACUGUUACAGAGUCCUGCGGCGUCAGUUGUGCCAACCUUAAGUCUGCCUUUCUUCUUGACAUUAUUAUUCUGGUGAUUACAACGUACAUGACUGUAUCAUCAGUGCAAGAGCCUCAAACUUUUGGAAGUGAUGAAGCACAAAACCCAGGUGCUGAACAGGAAGCUUUCCUCUGGGAACUUUUUGGGUCUUUAAGAUACUUCACCUUACCAAUUUGGAUGGUCUUAAUUGUCACUGCCCUUACAUGGAUCGCAUGGUUUCCUUUUACCCUCUUUGAUACUGAUUGGAUGGGCCGAGAAAUCUACCGAGGAAGCCCAGACAACCCAGGAGAGACCCAAAGGUACCAUGAUGGUGUGAGGAUGGGCUCUUUUGGUCUCAUGCUCAACUCUGUCGUCCUUGGAUUCACCUCUGUUGUGCUAGAAAAGUUAUGUAGGAAGUGGGGAGCUGGACUUGUAUGGGGUGUCUCCAAUAUUAUAAUGACUUUGUGCUUCUUGGCAAUGCUUGUAAUAACAUAUGUUGCACAGAACAUGGAUUAUCCAUCCAGUGGUGAACCUCCGACUGGCAUUAUCGUUGCCUCUUUGGUGGUUUUUACAAUUUUAGGGGCACCCCUGGCGAUCACAUACAGUAUACCAUAUGCAAUGGCUGCUAGUCGUGUUGAAAAUCUCGGUCUCGGCCAAGGUCUAGCAAUGGGUAUUCUCAAUUUAGCUAUUGUCAUACCACAGGUUAUUGUGUCACUUGGUAGUGGGCCAUGGGAUCAAAUGUUCGGCGGUGGAAAUGCACCGGCUUUUGCGGUGGCAGCCGGUUCAUCUUUCAUCGGUGGGCUGGUGGCUAUUCUGGGGCUUCCUCGGGCACGCAUUGCAUCCUCGUCCUCCUCGAGGAGGAGAGGCGGGACACACCGAUAA